GUGGGGGGGGGGGGGAAGCAAGGCUAUGACAUGCGAGUAGAGAACCGUACAGUUUGUGAGUGUUAAAGCAGGCGGACCCUUGUUUUAUUCCCCCCAAGAUGAAUAAAGACUUGAAGAGCCUGCGACAGCUCGCCGUGCCUCUGCUCUUCUUCGCCCUGUGCGUCGCGGUGCAGCAAUCCGACUCUGCGGCUUGCCAUGGGUGUGCGGGAUCCAAAUGUGACUGCAGUGGAGUGAAAGGAGCCAAGGGUGAGCGGGGUUUCCCAGGUCUCACCGGACAGCCAGGAGUCCCAGGAUUCCCCGGACCUGAAGGGCCGAUCGGACCCAGAGGAGAGAAGGGUAGUGAUGGACUUCAAGGACUGAUUGGUCCAAAAGGAAUAAGAGGGCCUUCUGGAUUGCCAGGAUUUCCAGGAACGCCUGGACUUCCAGGUCUGCCCGGACAGGAUGGACCUCCAGGCCCGAGAGGAGUGCCGGGUUGCAACGGGACAAAGGGUGAAAGGGGUUUACCGGGAAGUUCAGGAAUCGUCGGACAGCAGGGAAGGCCGGGUCCACCUGGUCUGCCAGGACCAAAGGGAGACCCAGGUGAUGUGAUCUCCACCAACCGUUUUGGAGAGAAAGGAUCAGUGGGAUUGCCCGGGCUGCCAGGAGUUCCUGGCUCUCAGGGACCCCCCGGUUUGCAAGGUCCACUGGGCCCUCCAGGACCCAGAGGUUACGAGGGUCGUCCAGGUCCUCCCGGUCCUCCUGGACCAAAGGGAAACAUGGGAUUGAACUUCCAAGGACCCAAAGGAGAGAAGGGUGAUCCAGGUUUGCCAGGACCUCCUGGUCCUCCGGGACAAGUGGGAGAACAGAAGAGACCACCUGAGACAGAGAUUCAGAGAGGAGACAAGGGUGACCCCGGUCUUCCAGGUCCCAGAGGUGAUCCAGGCUAUCCAGGACCUCCUGGUCCCUCAGGUGGCCCGAAAGGAGACAAAGGAGAACCAGGAGAACCAGGCAAACGAGGCAAACCAGGCAAAGAUGGCGACCCUGGUUCUCUGGGUUUCCCUGGAAUCAAAGGAGAAUCAGGCCUUCCAGGUCCUCCCGGCAGGGACGGAGAAAGAGGAAUUAAAGGUGACAUUGGAUAUCCAGGCCCACCGGGAGUGGUGUUAGGUGGACAGAAAGGAAGUCAGGUUGGCCCUAAAGGUGACCCCGGGUACCCCGGAUCACCUGGACUUAAAGGAGACAGAGGACCAGCAGGUUUAACAGGACCUCCAGGAGCACCAGGACUUCCAGCUACUGGUGGUGGUGGUCAGCCUGGAGCUCCAGGUUUCCCAGGAGAGAGAGGUCAAAAGGGAGACUCCGGCACUCCAGGGCUUUCUUUGCCAGGUCCCCCAGGACGUUCAGGGUCUCCUGGUGCCCAGGGUCCACCUGGGCUCCCUGGACCCCCAGGAUUUUCCUCAGCAGGGCAAAACUGCAUCGUCGGAGAGCCCGGACGUCCCGGCGUGCAGGGAGAGAGGGGUUACCCAGGAGAGACAGGCCAGAAAGGUGACAAGGGCGAUACUUGUGUGAACUGCUUUGGCGGUAGCAAUCCCAUCCCAGGACCACCAGGACCUCCAGGACAACCCGGAUUUCCUGGAUCUCCUGGCGGCCAAGGUAUUAAAGGAGACAGAGGAUUUCCGGGAACACCUGGUGGCAUUGGACCCCCUGGUCCCGCCGGUCCACAAGGUUCUCCAGGAUACCCCGGAGAGAAGGGAGACCGAGGCGAUGCCAUCACAGUUGACGGUGUUAGGGGCGAGAAGGGUGACACCGGCUUCCCUGGAUCACCUGGUCUGCCCGGCCUGGACGGUCGACCCGGUCGCGAUGGACAGCCUGGAUCUCCUGGGCCCAAAGGAGCUCCUGGCUCUCUGCAAGUAAAAGGAGAACGAGGGGUCCCCGGUGAGCCAGGUUCCCCAGGUAUUCCAGGAGACAGGGGUCCUCCAGGACCCCCUGGCUUUGGACCUCAGGGGCCUAAAGGAGAUAAAGGUGUCCAGGGCGUUUCAGGAAGACCCGGAGGUUCCGGCGCACCUGGAGCUAAAGGUGAACCAGGUCUGUCAGUAGCAGAGAAAGGCUUACCAGGACCCAGAGGACAGGAUGGCUCACCAGGACUUCCCGGCUCUCCAGGUAACCCAGGUCAGCCUGGACAGAAUGGUUUCCCUGGUUUACCAGGAUCGAAGGGUGAACCUGGACUCCCUGGCAUUGGACUCCCAGGACCCCCAGGAGCUAAAGGAUUCCCAGGUAUCCCCGGCCAGCCAGGAGCUCCUGCAGGACCAGGCAGACCAGGAGUAGAUGGACUCCCUGGCCAGCCUGGAUUUCCUGGAUCAAAGGGUGAGCCUGGUUUUGGCCUUCCUGGUCCCCCCGGUUUACCAGGAGUACCCGGAGGUAAAGGGUUCCCAGGACCAAAGGGAGAUCCUGGUUUCCCUGGUGGCCCUGGUUCACCUGGACGAUCUGGAUUCGAUGGCACACCAGGACCGAAAGGUGACCCCGGUUUACCUGGUAUACCUGGAGCUCGUGGCCCACCUGGAUCCCCCAGCAUCGGCUCACUGGGGGCACCUGGUCCACCAGGACCACCUGGCCCAAUGGGACCACCAGGAUUCCCUGGAUCAAACGGAGAGAAGGGAGACCCUGGCCCUCCAGGUCUAGACAUCCCAGGGCUGCCCGGAGACAGAGGAAGUCCUGGUUUCCCAGGUUCCCCAGGACCAGUCGGUACCCCAGGACCUCCUGGAGGACCUGGACGGGAUGGCCUGCCUGGACUUCCAGGUCAGAAAGGAGACAUGGGUUCCAUGGGAUCUCCAGGACCCUCUGGAGGUUCAGGAGGCCCAGGUGGGCCUGGUGCUACUGGACUUAAAGGUGAACCUGGAUUCCCAGGCAGAGACGGUUCACCAGGCGGUCCCGGUGCUAAAGGAGAGAGAGGUGACCCCGGUGUCCAAGGACCCCCAGGAGCCAGCCAGCCACCAUCAGUCACAAAGGGAGCCAAAGGAGAUCCUGGAAUACCAGGUGCACCAGGUGGUCCAGGUCAGAAAGGCAUCCCUGGACUCGCAGGUGACCCUGGGCUGCCAGGAUCAGACGGACGCCCUGGACUCCCCGGACCACCAGGUCCUAAGGGUGAUUCUGGCAUCCCAGGAGGCCCUGGUGUUCCUGGAGGUCCAGGACCAAAAGGCAGCAUGGGAGAAAUGGGAUUCCCAGGACCAUCAGGACAGAAGGGUACACCAGGUCAGCCAGGUCGGCCUGGAACCCCAGGACAGCCAGGUGGACCUGGUUUCCCUGGAUCCAAAGGUGAACCAGGCUCUGCUGGAGUUGGACCACCCGGACAAUCCGGACCCAAGGGUGAACCAGGGCAGCCAGGAUUCCCAGGAAGUCCCGGACUGAAAGGAACUCCAGGAUCACCCGGUCUCCCAGGUUUACCUGGAGGGCCAGGUGCCAAAGGCGACCCCGGCCUGCCAGGAUUCCAAGUUUUGAUGUUUGCGUAUGAAGGUGGACCUGGCCCACAGGGUCCCCGUGGGCCCGCAGGAACUGGCGGUGUUAAGGGAGAGAAGGGUAUUCCUGGCUCCCCAGGCCAGCCAGGCUUCCCCGGACAGAAGGGAGAUCCUGGAACUUCCGGCUUCCCGGGUCCCUCUGGUCUUCCCGGCGGUCCUGGUUCGAAGGGAGAUAUCGGCCUGCCUGGUGUUCCCGGAUUCCCUGGACCGAAGGGAGACUCAGGAAUCCCCGGUGCCAGUGGCCUUCCUGGAGAUCCUGGAAAUGUUGGACCCCCUGGUCUUCCUGGUGACCCCGGUGUACCUCCAGCUCCCAUCGUGGUGAAGGGAGAGCGAGGACUCCCUGGUCCUCAGGGCCUGCCUGGCGGUCGGGGAUCCCCUGGUCUUCCUGGGCGUGACGGAGCUCCAGGCCAACCUGGUAACCCUGGAGAUGCUGGUCCAGAGGGUCCUCCUGGCUUCAGCGGUCCACCUGGCAGGAAAGGAGACAGCGGACCAGCCGGUCAGCCUGGUCAGCGUGGCUUCACUGGUCCCCCUGGUUCAGACGGUCCACAGGGUCCUCCUGGUCUUCCAGGAUCAGUGGCUGCAGCCCAUGGCUUCCUCAUCACCAGACACAGCCAGGCUCAGGAUGUGCCCUACUGUCCCGAUGGAACCAACCUCAUCUACGACGGCUACUCCCUGCUGUAUGUGCAGGGUAACGAGAGGGCGCACGGACAGGAUCUCGGCUCGGCCGGCAGCUGUCUGCGCAGGUUCAGCACCAUGCCCUUCAUGUUCUGCAACAUCAACAACGUCUGCAACUUCGCCUCCCGCAACGACUAUUCCUACUGGCUGUCCACGCCUGAGCCCAUGUCCAUGACCAUGGCCCCCAUCACUGGAGAGGGCAUCAAGCCUUACAUCAGCAGGUGUGCAGUGUGUGAAGCUCCAGCCAUGGUGAUUGCAGUCCACAGUCAGACAAUCCAGAUUCCCACUUGCCCUGCAAGGUGGGAAGCUCUGUGGAUAGGAUACUCCUUUAUGAUGCACACCAGCGCAGGUGCAGAGGGCUCCGGUCAGGCCCUGGCCUCCCCCGGCUCCUGCCUGGAGGAGUUCCGCAGCGCUCCCUUCAUUGAGUGCCACGGCAGAGGGACGUGCAACUACUAUGGCAACUCCUACAGCUUCUGGCUGGCCACCGUAGAACCCUCUGAGAUGUUCAGGAAGCCCCAGUCGGAGACUCUCAAGGCGGGUAACCUACGGACGCGUGUCAGCCGUUGCGUGGUCUGCAUGAAGAAGACGUAACGGCACACGGCAACGAGCAAAGCCACCGUUGCCGGGGGACGCCUGAUCGACAACAAGAGAUGAUUGAAUGACGGGGGACAAGUAGUAGGGGUGGUGGUCACAGCGACGGGUAGGCCGUCGUCGUGGCAACAAGGUGGAAUUCCAAUGGUGCAUUGUCUUCCGGAAAAAACAAAAAAGCAAACUACAACUAAAACUUUGGUGCUACUGUGCAACACAGCUUAAAAAAAAAAAAAAAAAGAAAAAACUGACAUAAAUAAAUCUUACAUUUAGUCUUUGUUUUUCUUAAGAAGUACCUCAAAAUGAAAGCAGAAAAAAUAUCCACUAAAUGGUGCCAUGAUGGAUGUGUGACAACAAAAGUGCAUUUUUCAUUUCUUUUCCCUUCUUUCCCAAAAGGAUUCCUUUCUCUUUUUCAAAGAAAACACAUAAACAAAACUCACUUUUUUUUUUUUUUUUUACAAAAAUGUGACACUAUAAAUCCAUUUUUAGACAGACUUUUUUAUUUUAUUUGUUUUGGGCCUUAUUGAUGAGGAGUGGAUGGUCUCCAUGGUUACCAAAUCGGCACUUUGACUUCGGAACAUCCAAGAUGAGAGAUGCACUGACGAUGAGCUUUCCUUAGUGAGACUGCCUUUUUUUUUUUUUUAUUACUAGCUCUUCAUUCAUACGCUCUUUCUCUCUCUUUCUCCGUCAUUUUUCUGUCGUCUAACGUUACAUUUGGUGGUACUAACGCUGCUGUAGCCCGCCUCCUAACCAUCAGCCUACACCUUCCUACUUUUACUUCUUUUUUUUUUGUAAGUAAUUAAAUGUGUAUAUUGUGUAAAACACUUUUUUUUUUUGUUUUUAGUGUAUUAGGUCCUGAAUCUGUACCAGUUCUUUGUUAUAAGACCAUUUUCCAGGUUCUUUUUAGCUCACAUACGCAUGAGUUCACACACACACAGACACACACACACUCAUUCACAUCAUUGCUCACUGACACACAUCGACUCAGAUAUUGUACAAAGUAAGGCUUUUAUGAAUGAAACAGUAUUUUAUAUAUAAUAAAUAUAUAUUUGAAAAAAGAGGAUAAAAGGUAUAUAAACUUUAUUCGGCUGUGGGGAGAUUGUUCACUGUUUUCAAACACAAACAAAGGUCAGGCAUUUCACCGAAAAAUAAAGCUAACUACUGAGCACAGACAGAGCCAUUUUCCCUGAAACGCAACAGUCUUGUAUGAUAUUAACGAUGCCAAUCGCUUAAAACCUUUUUGUAUUCAAUUUGUAGAAUUAAUAAAUGUUGAACUGAAAUAAAGGGGGAUUUGCUUGUAGGUAGUCUAAUGAUUGGGGGAAUGUUACAGAUAUUUGUGCAAAAGAAAAAAGAAAUUGAAUUAAAUCUUGGCUCCUUGAUUAGAAAAACCGUGAGAUUUGUUUUGUGUUUUUUAACAUUUCCAGGUGCUGGGCUUUGCUGUAAAAAGAGGGCCUCUGGUUUUUUUUUUUGGGGGGGGCCCAUUUGGCACCCCCAGAAAACCU